AUGCGAAAGAGGACGAGGUUCGCCCGGACGGUUGCCAUGACUACCGGGGGCGCAGGCGGCGCGCGCCCGCAUCUCUCUCGCAGAACUGUCUUUGCUAUCGUUGUGGAGGCUGUGUCGAACCGUCCUAAAUCGUUUUCAGACGUAACACUAGCUCUCCGUGCGUCGUGCGUGUUGACAGUUAAUGCUGUACAGUGUUUUCAACUCGGCUGGUGCUUCUGUAGUGAUCGUGAAUGUGUGAAUGCAAUAACCUCGCCAUGA